AUUAGGCAACAUGGCAGCCUCCACAAAAGUCUGAACAGCCGCAAGCAUUCACACGAAGCGAUUGCAUUCUUUAGUUACGCGCUUUUUAAAACGCCGGAAUAAACACGAAGCCUCUAAUCUAAUCGCCCAGCAUGACUGAGACGUCGGACAGCGAGUUUACAGGUCACUACGCACGAGAGCUCACUCGAGAAGAAGCGGCCAAGCUCGCCAAGGAUACGGUUUUGGUUUCAGAGUUCAAGAGGCUCAAACUGGAAGCCGAAGCCCAGAGAAACUGGGACCUCUUCUACAAAAGAAACAAGACUCGCUUCUUCAAGGACAGACACUGGACCAAGCGCGAGUUUGAGGAACUAGCAGCAGCCGGCGAUUCGGAUUCGCCGGGCGACGGGACUUCGGUGCUACUGGAAGUCGGCUGCGGUGUCGGCAACUUCGCGUUCCCGCUCAUCGAGGAAAAGACGGGUUACUACAUAUACGCCUGCGAUUUCUCGCCGCGCGCCGUUCAGUUCGUGAAGUCGCACCCCUUGUACGACGAGAGUGUCAUCGCUGCUUUCCAGUGCGACAUCACCAAGGACCGCCUCGCACAAGUUCCCCACGAGGGCGUCGACGUGGUCACCAUGAUAUUCGUCCUGUCCGCCAUUCAACCCGACAAGAUGAUCGAAGCUCUGAAAAACGUGCACGAAACGCUCAAACCCGGAGGCCUCGUCCUCUUCCGGGACUACGGUUUGUUCGAUCAGGCGAUGCUGAGAUUCGCGCCGGGCCACAAGAUAGACACCAAUUUCUACGUGCGCCAAGACGGCACGAGGGCGUUCUACUUUUCGGAGCAGUGUCUGGAAAGAUUGUUCCUAGACGCCGGCUACGAGGUCGUGAGCAACGAAUACGUGUGUCGCGAGACGGUGAACAAGAAGGAAGGGAUAUGUGUGCCUCGGAUAUUUGUGCAGGGAAAGUUCAGGAAGCCGAGGAGCCAGCCGAAAGAAAGAAUUUUCAACGGAGCCAGCAGCUGAUGCUUGUGCACUUUUAAUUCUACGGGAAUACAAGCACAUCAGAGGGUUCGUGCAACGACAUUUAUUGAAUCAUAACAAAAUACCUGACGUGUCAACACUAAAAUUUGAUGCGCGGAUGUUGAUGUGAAACUAAUCGCCAGUAUUGGUGUCGGCAAAGAAGUGGGUGACCACAUCUACUGCAGGAACUACACAAAUGAGCACAAUCACAGCUGCUCGAUAUAAAAAAGAGAAGAAAAAAAGUACAGUCGGUUGCAUGCCCAGAAAACAGCGGGAGCUGCCCGAGACAACUUAUUGCAACUGUGGCACCACAAGACUAGUUGCACCAAGGUGGUUCAAAGAACGCACAGGUGUCUGUGCUCUGGUUUUUUUCAAGGAACCUUGAAUUCUUGGCGAAUACUAUUUGGGACCAUCAACACUCUUCUGUAUGCACUGUUUUCUUGGGAAACAACACUUUAUCAUGCGAACUUUCAACAGCAGUCAAGUGUCGCAUGGAAAUUUAUGGUACCCAAUGUUAACAUCCUUUAUUGCAGUCCAAAAACUCCACGAAAUGCAGAGGUUCCUCAGCACUCUGGGAUACAAUGUCUCGCACGUGCCGCAAUCCUGUCUUCUCAUCUCUUUUUUGUUCUAAAUACGCAUGACUGUUCGUCAACUCCCCGCUGCAGUGGUCUAGUGACUAAG